AUGACAGAAGUCAGUAAAAGUAAAUUAAAACAAUAUCUUGUUCAACAAUCAUUACAUAGUGAAGAAUCAUGGUGGUUAUCACGUUUGAUUUUGGGUAAAGUUAAAAAAAUAUUUGGUAAUGAAUUAAAAGCGAUAUUUACUGGAUCGGCACCAAUCACGCGUGAUGUAUUACAUUUUUUUCGUAUUGCACUCGAUAUACCUAUUAUGAGUGGAUAUGGACAAACAGAAACAACAGCUUGUGGUACUACUACUCAUGCAGGAGAUCUAUCGUUUGACACGAUUGGUUCACCUGUUGCGACUGUCGAAGUAAAACUUAUCGAUGUACCACAUACGAAAUAUCGAAGUGAAAUGAAUCAAGGUGAAAUUUGUAUUCGAGGACCAACUAUCUUCAAAGGUUACUAUAAUGACGAAGUUAAGGCACGUGAAACAAUUGAUGAAAAUGGUUGGUUACAUACAGGUGAUAUUGGAGAAUGGGCAAGUGAUGGUGCAUUACGCAUUAUUGAUCGUACAAAACAUAUAUUUAAAUUGAAUCAAGGUGUUUAUAUUGCACCGGAACGUCUUGAAGAUGUUUAUAUUCGUUCUCCAUGGAUUACACAGAUCUUUAUUGAUGGAAUUUCAACAGAAGCUACGGUAGUAGCUAUUGUCAUACCAGAUGAAGACUAUGUACGGAAAAAUUUUAAAUCAACACAAACAACAGCAUUUACUGAUUUAUGUAAAGAACCAGAAUUGAAACAGAUUAUCUUGACCGAUUUAAUUUGUUUGGCUAAAGAUAAUAAGUUGAAAUAUUUUGAAACUGUAACCAAUAUUUAUCUUCAUCCUCAUCCAUUCUCAAUGGAGAAUGGUCUUCUUACUAUAACGCUUAAAACGCGUCGAAUGAAUGUUCAAAAACAAUUUCAACCAAUCAUUAACUCGCUCUACAGUGUAAAGAAAGUGGCAACAAACAAUCUAUAA